UCAUGAUCUUGGUUAGUGGGUGAAGUGUUAUUUAUAUCUAGUCUGGCUGACACGCUACAAUUACCUGAUUCCUACAUUGUCGCGUUGCUAUGUCGAGACUUCAUUGUCUCAAUAGUUUGUCACUAUGUAGCGUCUAACUUAAAAAGCGUGUAAGUAUUCAUUGGUCGAAGAUGGUCACAAUACCAUACAGAAAUCAAUGUGCGUUUUUUCUACAGAUAAGUAAAAUAUGGCCUAAAACGAAUAUUAUAGUUUAUAAACGCAUGUUAAACCAGAUCGUAUGAAUCCGGAUAAUGAUAUGCAAAAUACAUCGACGCAUAUUUUGAGUUCACGGUCCAACUCCAACGGUCGCGUCAUCAUUAAUGCAAAUAAACAUAGUGAAAUGCGAUUCCUUUUCACUCUGUCCCAAUAUGCCGCUGUAACUGUACAACGUUUCUUUACGAACGUCGCAACAGACAGUUAUCCAUACACUUAUCGGCGCGUCACAACUCACAAUAGAGUUGCGAGCGAGCGCGCCGACACGACUGUCGCUUCAUUCACUUACGCGCUUACAUUCCGUUUCAAAUUUAUUAUGAUGCAGUAAAUUAACACGCUAGUAAAUUAUCGUGGACAUCGAACGCGAAAUAUUGGCGGGAAAAAAUUCAAGAUGGCGCGGCAAAUAUGUUAUUUCUUCGUCUUCACACUGUUGUUGAGCGUGAUGCCGUGUGAAAUGAAGAGAGUGAAGGUCAGAGAUUAUCCAACGGACAAGCAGCUGACACUGCAAAGGAAGGAGACAACUCCAGUUGACUUCACGAGGCUUGUGGUGAUGCGGCUUGUGUACGGGUUAGCUAAAGUGUUGGGCUUUGAAGAGCCCGUCAGUGAAGUGUUAAACGGUGCGCUUGUCCCGCCAGGAGUCGACGACGAUGAUGAUUUCGAUGAUGAUGACGAUGACGGUAUCUUCGAUGAUUAUUAGUUGUAAAAAAAAUCUUAAAAGUCAUACCAAAUAUCAAUUGCAUUUAAAUGUAGAUUUUAAACUUAUGUUAAUAAAAUUUAUUUUAAUUCACACGAUUUUAUAUAAAUGUAUGUAGUGGGUGAAUAUUGUUAAAUAUUGCCUUUUUAAUAUUCCUUCAUAGACUGCUACUUUGAACUUUAUUGAGAUAAACUUUAUGCAUUAAAAACGAUUUUUUGCCCUUAUUAAGUAAUUAUAGUUGUUAUACACGAGCAGAGCAUGUAAUUUUUUUUUUACUAAUGUCAAAACAAAAAUAAUAAGAUGCUGUAUAUAUUUUUAAUAAACUCGUGAGGGCAGCUCAUCUGGACUUCAUAAUAAUAAAAUGCACACAGAUGAGUCGACACCUUUUAUUGCACAAUAAACUAUGAUUAUCGACCUCUCGUUAUAAACUUAUGUACCUGUUAGUGAUAUUAAAAACACUAUUUAUUAUAGGCAAUGAAUACAAUCAUGUACUACAUUGAUUUUUGAUGUACCUAUUUAUUGAAAAAAUUGUAAAUAAAUUAUUAGGUUUAAAAUUA